AUGUCCUUACCUUUCUACCAAAGAAACCAUGAGCACUAUGACCGUAGCUACCGCCAUAAAGCACUGACGUCCACUGUAAGCCAGUACCAAAAGGAAACAAAGAGCAAAUCUGCCCUUUAUGCUCAAGGAUCUACAGCUUAUGCUAGGGGCUCUGCAGCCUAUCGCCAUGCAUCUGCAGCAGCCUUCAGCCUCGACUCUUCUGCAGCUUAUAGUCAUAGCUCUUCAGCCUAUGACCUUGAGUCGGCAGCCUACAGCUAUGGAUCCACAGCCUACGAUCACUCUGCUGCACACAGACUGAAAAACUCCAAUUUAAUGAUAGAAGAUCAAUCCUAUAAGAUGAGUCCCAAAGCAAAGAGAGCAAAACAGAAUUUGAUAUCUGAGGACAAAGAGAAUGAAGCCAUAGACUACUCAGUGCCCAUAUUCACAGGGCGACAUGUGAAUAUCAGCGGGAUCACAGACACGGAAGAAGAGAGAAUUAAAGAGAGUGCUGCAUAUGUUGCCCAGAGGAACCUUUUUGCCACAGGUGAAGGAAUUAGUGUCAGCAAGGUGGCCAAGACAACUUCUGAAGAGGAACAUCAUGAAAAAAAAUCAAGGAAAGUAGCAAUCCGGGAGUCUGCUGAGCGUGUGGCCAUGAAGAAAACGCUAGAAGAGACUCAGGCAUUCCACAAAAAGUUGAAUCAAGAUAAACUCUUACAUCCUCCUGAAUUUAUUAUUGAGCCUCGUUCCCACACUAUCUGGGAAAAGGAAAAUGUAAAAUUUCAUUGUUCUGUGGCUGGCUGGCCAGCACCCCGGGUUACAUGGUACAAAAACAAUGUGCCCAUCGACGUACAGACUCACCCUGGCAAGUAUAUCAUUGAAAGUCGCUAUGGGCUGCACUCACUGGAGAUCAGCACGUGUGAAUUUGAUGAUACUGCUCAGUAUCGAGCCUCUGCUAUGAAUGUUAAAGGAGAAGUUUCGGUUUAUGCUUCCCUUGUGGUAAAGAGGUACAAAGGAGAAAUUGAUGAAAGUCUUUUGCGUGCUCGAAAUCUUUCCAUGUCUCUGGGUCUUGGUGUUACCCCUCAUGGCUAUGCUUCCAGGUUUGACAUCAGCUUUGUUGACAAGUUUGAUGUAGCCUUUGGGAGAGAAGGUGAGACAAUGAGUCUGGGCUGCACAGUUGUCAUCACCCCUGAUAUCAAGCGCUUCAAACCAGACAUCGAAUGGUACAGAAAUGGUGUUCUUAUUACACCAUCCAAAUGGGUCCAGAUGCACUGGAGUGGGGAACAUGCUUCAUUAACACUGACUCAUGCAAACAAGGAAGAUGAAGGUCUUUACACUCUACGAGUGACAAUGGGAGACUACUAUGAAGAGUACAGUGGUUAUGUCUUUGUUCGAGAUGCUGAUGCUGAAAUUCCUGGUGCCCCUGGUGCACCACUGGAUGUGCAGUGCUUAGAUGCCAACAAAGAUUAUGUCAUUGUCUCCUGGAAGCAACCUGCUGUCGAUGGAGGAAAUCCCAUCCUUGGAUAUUUCAUUGACAGGUGUGAGGUUGGCACUGCCCACUGGACCCAGUGCAAUGAGAAUCCUGUGAAGUUUGCUCGUUUUCCUGUGACUGGUCUGAUUGAAGGACGUUCCUACAUUUUCCGAGUCCGAGCUGUGAACAAAGCUGGUGUCAGCCUACCAUCUCGGGUGUCAGAGCCUGUGGCUGCUCUGGAUCCUGCAGACAGAGCCAGGCUGAAAAGUCACCCUUCUGCUCCUUGGACUGGACAGAUUAUUGUGACUGAGGAAGAACCUGCAGAGGGUGUUGUUCCUGGUCCCCCCACAGACCUCCAAGUUAUUGAAUCCACCAAGAACUAUGUUGUGCUUAGCUGGAAACCUCCUGGACAGCGAGGCCAUGAGGGUAUCAUGUACUUUGUGGAAAAGUGUGUUGCUGGCACAGAGGACUGGCAAAGGGUGAACACCGAGAUCCCUGUGAAGUCUCCUCGCUUUGCAGUUUUUGACUUGGCUGAAGGCAAAUCCUACUGUUUCCGAGUUCGCUGUUGCAAUUCAGCUGGAAUUGGUGAACCUUCAGAAGCAACUGAAGCCACUGUAGUGGAUGAUAAACUUGAUAUUCCCAAAGCUCCUGGCCGUAUUAUGCCAACUAGGAAUACAGAUACCUCAGUUGUUGUCACUUGGACAGAACCCCCAGAUGCCAAGGAGCUGGUUGGGUACUACAUUGAAUCAAGUGUAGAAGGAUCUGGUCGUUGGGAACCAUGCAACAACAAUCCAGUGAAAGGCACAAGAUUUGUUUGCCAUGGGCUCAGCAAUGGUGAGAAGUACAUUUUCAGAGUCAGAGCUGUUAACGCAGCAGGGCUCAGUGAAUUUUCACAGGAUUCAGAGCCUAUAGAGGUGAAAGCAGCCAUUGGGGGAGGAUUGCUUCAUGCUGCUCCAUCUCCACCUUAUGACAUCGUGGUACUCGAGAGUGUCCGUGACUCAAUGGUAUUGGGAUGGAAACAACCUAAGGUCACCGGUGGAGUUGAAAUUACUGGCUACUACGUGAACUAUCGUGAAGUGGUUGAUGGAGUUCCUGGAAAAUGGAAGGAGGCCAACAUUAAGGCUGUUACUGAGAGGGCAUACAGGAUUGAAAACCUGAAGGAAAACAUGGUGUACCAGUUCCAGGUAGCUGCUGCUAACCUGGCUGGGGUUGGGACACCCUCCCAACCCAGCGAGCCCUUCAAAUGUGAAGAGUGGAGCAUCGCUGUACCUGGGCCACCGCAUGAUGUCAAAUGCACAGAAGUUAGGAAGGACUCUCUGGUUUUACUGUGGAAGGAACCAGUUUAUAGUGGUCGUAGUCCCAUAGUUGGUUAUUAUGUUGACAUGAAGGAAACUGAAGCAAAGGAGGAACACUGGAGAAGUGUCAAUGAGAAGCCACUUCAAAAGAAAUUCUUGAAGAUCAGUGGCCUAACACAAGGUGUGAGCUACGUCUUUCGUGUGCGGGCAACAAACCAGGCUGGUGUUGGGAAACCAUCAGACGUCACAGAUGCUGUUGUAGCUGAAACACGACCAGGAACCAAGGAAGUGGUGGUUGAUGUAGAUGACAAUGGAGUAAUUUCCUUGAACUUUGAAUGUGAUCAGAUGUCUCCAGACUCAAAGUUUGUUUGGUCCAAGAAUUACGAACCAAUUGAGGAUGACUCUCGCCUGACCAUCGAUACCAAAGGCGGAAAGUCAAAAGUUUCCUUUAAGGAUCUUGGAGAAGAUGAUUUGGGAAUUUACUCUUGCAUUGUAACAGACACUGAUGGAGUUUCAUCAAGUCACACAAUUGAUGAGGAAGAAAUGAAACGCCUUCUUGCUCUGAGCCAUGAACGCAAAUUCCCAACUGUCCCACUUGCCUCUGAGUUGGCCGUGGAAAUUUUGGAAAAAGGAGAAGUGAGAUUCUGGUUGCAAGCUGAAAAUCUGUCUGGCAAUGCAAAGGCAAACUUUGUAUUUAAUGAUAAGGAGAUUUUCAAUGGAGAGAAAUAUAAAAUGAAGGUGGACCAGAAGACUGGCCUUGUUGAAAUGAUUAUGGAUAAACUUGAAGACAAGGAUGAAGGCACUUACACUUUCCAACUGCAGGAUGGAAAAGCAACCAAUCAAUCUAGCCUCGUCCUCAUUGGUGAUGUAUUCAAGAAGUUGCGGGAUGAAGCAGAUUUCCAGAGAAAAGAGUGGCACAGAAAACAAGGUCCUCAUUUUGUGGAUAAACUGGGAUGGGAAGUUACUGAUGAGUGUAAUGUGAUGUUGAAAUGUAAGGUGGCUAAUAUUAAGAAGGAAACACACAUUGUAUGGUACAAAGAUGACAGGGAGAUAAUGGUAGAUGAAGAACAUGACUUUAAGGAUGGCGUGUGUACUCUGCUGAUAUCAGAGUUUUCUAAGAAAGAUGCUGGAACUUAUGAAGUCAUACUGAAGGAUGACAGAGGAAAGGACUCCAGUGAGCUAAAGCUAAAGGACACAGCUUUUGCAGACCUGAUGAAUGAAGUAUGCAGAAGGAUUGCUUUAUCGGCAACAGACCUGAAAAUCCAGAGCACAGCUGAGGGUAUCAGACUGUACUCCUAUGUUACUUAUUAUGUGGAAGAUUUGAGAGUAGGCUGGGUGCACAAUGAUACCCAGAUUAAGUUCACAGACCGAGUGAAGACUGGUGUCACUGGGGAGCAGAUCUGGUUGCAGAUCAAUGAGCCAACUCCACAAGACAAAGGCAAAUACAUAAUGGAGCUCUUUGAUGGCAACACAGCACACAAAAAGACAGUGGAUCUUUCUGGACAAGCAUUUGACGAAGCCUUUGCUGAGUUCCAGAGAUUAAAGCAAGCUGCGAUUGCAGAGAAAAAUCGUGCACGGGUACUUGGAGGUUUGCCCGAUGUUGUCACCAUCCAAGAGGGCAAGGCACUUAAUCUUUCUUGCACUGUCUGGGGAGAUCCUGCCCCAGAGGUCUCAUGGCUGAAGAACGAAAAAUCAUUUGUAUCAGAUGCCAAUUGCAUCCUGAAAUUUGAAUCUGGGAAAAAUGUCAGCUUUUCCAUUACUAAUGUGUCCACACAUGACUCUGGGAAAUACAGCAUUGUGGUGAAGAACAAGUAUGGCACAGAGACCAGCGACGUCACUGUGAUUGUGACGCCUGUGUCAGGGCACACUGACACAGUCCAAGGACACAAUCAAAAUAAUAAAACUGUGUCUAAAAAGAAAAAAACAAUGACAGCAAGCAAACGGAAGGAAGGGGAAAAGAAAGAUUUUAUUAAGCAACAUGUAGAAGAAAUUAUUGCUACAGAAGAGACACCUGAUCCAAAUGAAAUUCCUGCUGUGGAAACAGAAAAGGAUGUAAAAAGCAAGCAGCAAGCAGCAAAGAAGACUGAAGAAAAGACAGCAGUAGCAGAAAUGGUUCCUCAGCCCACAGAAAGCUUGGAUAGCCAGGGAAAGAAACCACUGGAAAAAGCAACCUUGGAUAAACCCCACUGA